ACCAAAUUCAUGCAGCUGUCAAAUUAUAUAGGUGCGGCCAUGUUGCUCUGUUGCGAAUAAAAUUAUUUAAUUUGCUUUUAGGGAAUUAAAAUUGACACAAUAUGCCCAAAUGCGAUCUCAAGACCAGAUACAUCCCAGCAACAUUUGCCUGGACUUUACUUUUGGGCACAACGUCCCUGUUUUUUUAUUUUCCGUGCCAGUAUUACCUGUACAGACACCCAUGGGUACCUGCGUAUCAAGGUGUCAUAACAUUUUUUGUUUUGGCCAAUUUUACACUGGCCACUUUCAUGGACCCGGGUGUUAUACCAAAAGCGCCACCUGACGAAGAUAGAGAAGACGACUUCAGAGCGCCGCUGUACCGCAGCGUGGAGAUCAACGGCAUCACCGUACGGAUGAAGUGGUGUGUCACCUGCAAGUUCUACAGACCACCGAGAUGCUCGCACUGCUCCGUGUGCAAUCAUUGUAUAGAGACGUUCGACCACCACUGCCCGUGGGUGAACAACUGCAUCGGGCGGCGCAACUACCGCUUCUUCUUCUUCUUCCUCAUCUCGCUCUCCAUACACAUGCUGAGCAUCUUCGGGCUCAGUCUGUACUUCAUCAUGAACAACAACAAGACCUUGACGAUGGUUGAGCCUAUUGUGUCAAUGGUAAUAAUGAGCAUAAUAGCCCUGCUAGCCAUCCCGAUCUUCGGGCUGACCGGGUUCCACAUGGUGCUGGUGUCUCGAGGCCGCACCACCAACGAGCAGGUGACGGGCAAGUUCACGGGCGGCUUCAACCCCUUCAGCCGCGGCUGCUGGCACAACUGCUGCUACACGCAGUUCGGCCCGCAGUACCCGAGCCUAGUCCGUCCGUCCAAGUACGUGUACAAGGGCGGCAAGAAGCGGCGCGAGGCCAUGCCGCCCGCGCUGCACUCCGCCUCCGCCAUCUCCACUAUUGCUACUGACACGCAGCACCAGGUAAAGACGUAUACGGCAGACAACGGCAGCGCGUUGCGAGCCGUCGGCGCGCACGCACACUACAACAAGCUUUCCUGCGGCCGCGACGAGCUCGAAGGCGAGAUGGAAGGUCCAGGAGCCUCCCAGAGCGUGGACUGCGAGCCGACGCCGCCGCCGCUUCAGCGCCGCGGCUCCAAGGCGAGCCUGUUCCCGGAGACGCACCGCCACCUGCCGCCGCGCCCGCACCAGCACCCGCGCCUCAGCCCGCUCUCCCGGAAUACCAGCCACGGCAACCAAACCACCGGCUACCGGGUGGUAAUGGAGCCUCUCCGGUACGACCCGGGGUCGAACGGGGCGCGGCCGUCGCCCACCAUGCAGCAGAGGAUCAAGGCGCUGGGCGUGCCCACGCCGCUCGCCGUGUCCAGCCCUGUGCGGAGGUCCAACCCGGGCACGCCGACGCAGCCGCGCCGCCCGGACUUCAUCAGCGUGGGCGGGCGGAGUUCCCCGCAGCGGAGGUUCCUCAGUGAGGAGCUUCUUGGGGGGGAGGUCCGGGAGCUGGCGGCUUCGCCCCAGCGUGGGGGGUACACGUGGGCGGAGCGGCGCGGGCAGCCCUCCCCCCGCGCCGCGCGCCGCGCCCCCGCCCCCGCGCCCCGCCCCGCGCGCCCCCUCAGCUUCGUGCGAGCCCUCGAGGUGCAGGACCAGCUGGACGCAAGAGCCCCCCCUCCCGAGCCCCCCGACCGCGCCUCCGUCUAUGACUGCAACUAUGAGAUCUCCGUCUGAACACUGGUCAGUGAGUGUAGACGGUUUGAGAGACGCUCGUGCGGUAAAAGCAUUUCGGUUAAGUUUAAGUUAUUUUUGUAUGUAGGUAGUGUAAGUCAGGGUCGAAGGACGGUGUUGCCGCAAUCGAGUUACAUGACAUUCGCGAUCCGCCAGUUUGACUGCCUAUUUUUGUGUAGGUUAGGUUUGUGUACUGACCUCUGUAUUAUUGUGUGUUUGUAGAGCGGGUCAUCGGACGUUAUACACACAUUUGACGGCUGUUAAAUAGUCGCAAGUGUUUCCAAAGAAGUUUAUGUAACGCACAAUAUCCUUUUUAUCCAAAAUGACCUUAAUCGAAGACGGAUUUCGGGAACAUCAGUCCAAAUUGACGAUUUAUUUGAUAAUUUUUGUAUUGAAGCCAUAUACAGAGACACUUGACGGAUCAGUUGAUAAUGUGCGUGAAUUACAAAAUAGUCUUAACAAUAAAAACUCGGGUUUUUGCUCGUAAGCAAAUAAUAUUAAUUAGAUUUUUAUAUGUAUGUAUAUUUGUGAACAUUUGUAACGUUGGAAUAUAUUUAGCUGUGAAUUUGUUGACAGAAUGUGUAAAUAGUCCCUGAAGUGUUGUGAUUCCGUACAUAAUAUUAUAAUUUAUAUGAAAAUAGUAUGUACAGGCUGUGUAUGAAAGCUUAAUAUUGAUUUAGGUGAAGAAUAAAUAGAUAUUUCAUAUGAGGAUCAUUGCUAAGGUAUUGCAGUAAGUAUAGCGUUUGUAUAUUAUAUAAUGCGUCAUGUAUUUAUUGGUUAUUUAGUUCGAAUGUGUCAGAUGUUACUCGCAGAGACCCUCGCUGGUACAAGAUAUUAAAUAACAUUUUAUAAAUACACUAUUAAUAGAUUAGUGUUCCUUGAAGUUUAAGGGAUCAGAUAUGGAAUUGACGGUCUCGCUUGUUACUAAUUAAUAUUAAAAAAAUCAUUAUCAUUGUAUACAUCGAAAGUGAGCUAAGAAAAAGAGUUUAAAGUUUUCAAAAAUGACGUUUGAAAUGUGCCAAAUAUUUAGUAGAAGCUAGAUCAUCAAACAUCAAAACAUUUAUGUAAAAGAUCUGCGUUAUUAGCUUUGCUACGAUAAAUUGUCGGUAUGAUCUGAUGUUUGUAUUUUUUUAAAUUAAUUAUCCUGUAUGGAAACACUAAUAACCACGUAACUUGACUGAAAUGACAGCCAUUUUUAUGCCGUAUUUAUGAGCGAUUGAUAAGAGAACAUUCGGAGUAGAUCGUUGCCGCGAUAGACCAAUAUGGACCGAGCGGCAUAGCGCGCACCAAUGGCGUCGCGAGGUUUUGACACAUUCCAACCAAUCAAACACAUCCAAUUGCACCUUGAAUUGUCCUAUGCGAACUGAUAUAGUUACGUGGUUUUUAGUGUGCUUUUAAGUGCUAGAACAUGGUGCAAGUAGCUUGAAGACGUAACAUGAGUCGUCGUGUAAACGAAUAACUUGAGCAUUCUGAUUUUGAAUAAUGCGCACACUUGUAGCCAGCAGCGGCAGCGCAUGUAAAGGCUGAUUGACACUUUUGUAGUACAAGUGAUUAGUGUGUGUUGUACAGAGGUACAUUUUUGGGUUUGUUGUUGGACAUUUGCUGUUCUCUUUCUGAAUCUACCAUACAUACUUCUCAAUAUAAGUCUACUGAUCAAUUGCACUUAACAGUGUGUGAUUCAGUGUUUCACUUCAGUUACUUGCACUAUGCGGGUACCCUUAUUAUCUGUCCAAAUUAAUUGUGUAAUAAAUAUUAAAGAAUUCAGAUUAAAUUAAGAAUAUAAUUGAAAUGAAUAGGUACUAAAAGGAUGUUUGGAAAACUAAGAAAUAACAUUUAAAAAUGGUUGAGAUUAUCUGUAUAUAUAAAAA